GUGGUUAGCGGUUGAUGAACGCCUCGCCGCAGCGCGCGCUCGCCCAUCCUGCUCGUUCGCUCCCAUGUUUUGAGCCCGCUCCAGCUGGAGGCAGUCCACCAUGUCCACCGGGUCCCUCAGCGAUGUCGACGACGAGCUCCUGGACGGCAUCCUGAAGUUCGGCUCCUCCGGGAAAGACUCCAACGAGAGCACCGAGGAGAGCUCCAACGGCGAGGGCACCGGCGCGCACGACGAGCGCAGAGACGCGCCCGGCAAGAAGCGGAAGACGGGCUCCCGCAAAACUGCGCCAAAGGGCGUGGCGCAGCAGGAGGGCAAGCAGGUGCAGAGGAACGCGGCGAACGCCCGGGAGAGAGCCCGGAUGCGCGUGCUGUCCAAAGCCUUCUCGCGGCUGAAGACCUCCUUACCCUGGGUGCCACCGGAUACCAAGCUCUCCAAACUGGACACUCUGCGCCUGGCGUCCAGCUACAUCGCGCACCUCCGGCAGAUACUGGCCAACGACAAAUAUGAAAACGGAUAUAUCCACCCCGUUAACCUGACGUGGCCUUUCAUGGUCGCAGGGAAGCCUGAGAACGAGUUGAAGGAGAUGCUGAACACAACGAGGCUAUGUGGAACAACGGCGUCGUGAUGCGGCCAGACGGAGACCCCCCCCCCCCCCCUCCUCUCCCCAAAGAGAAUGACUUUGUGACUGAAUGUCCGUCUCCUCUCCGCAGACUCUGAGUGGGAAUACCGGUGGGAGCGCGUCCUCUUCACCUUCGUUCCCGUAGACAAGUUGAAUAUUAUUUAAACGCGUUGUGUCACUUAAAGUUGUCUUUGCUGGCUCAAAGAUGAACUGAAUUGCUUUUUAUAUUCCGCAGAUGCAUUUUUUUUAUUAGCGCAGGCCUGUUUUGAAAACUGCCUGAUGAUGGAUGUCCACUCUCUUAAAUGGUUGUACAGAUUACACAUAUAAACUAUAUUUGUAUUAGUUUCGCAUCUCCCGUGUACGCAUUGUGUCUCCUAUUUUCGUGUGUGGGCCAGUGCUUUGACCUAUCACCUGUCUUAUCGCGCCUCUCCUCCACAACUGCAGAACCUGAGCACCAACAAAGCGCCAGUGCAGAUAAGUCUCUCUGUUGUUUCUAAGAGAUAAAGGCAAACGCGGUUGUCCUUACAUAAACAGACCUUUGCCUUCUGUGAUUAGCUGGGGUCCUAGAAUGAGCGCGUGCGCUCCCAUCGAAACGCUGCUCCGAAAUAACAUGCUCCAUAUUAUACAACACAUAGUCCAAAGUGAACGUUUCUUAACCUAGUUAACUAUUGCGCCCCGCAAUGAGCUCUGAUUGGAUAGCCUAUUUAGGUCUGAGCCAAUCAGAUAUGAAAAGCUGAGUCCGUUCCUUUAGAAAUCCUGAAAACCUUUAAUCCCGCCCAGGCCCGUUGUUUUAAUUCUCUCGGGUUAUGACCGCGCUGUGUUUACAUCAAAGCGACAGUUAUUUAUGCAGACUGACACACAGCCUCUCUCUCUCUCUCUCUCUCUCUCUCUCGCUCUCCCUUCUUCUCUCUUUAUCAGCCUGGCGGUAUAAACGAAGAUGUGUCAAUCUGGUACAUCAGGAUUUGCUUUUCCUUCCUGUCUGUCCUUCACAUUAUUUAAAUGCAUCUUACAUCAACCUUCCUUUUAUUCUUUUUUUGUCUUACGCCAUUAGAGCCUUUACUCCGGGGUAUAUGCUGCGUGAUGCGUUGUAGCAAGUCUCCAGUUAGUAAACACU